AAAGAUUAGCUAUAUAUACAGGGACAGUGUAGGCGGGUGUUGUAGUUCAAGCUAGCAGUCGGUCCUCGGUUGUAAAUCUUUUCGUCUCGGAUCCGCAGCGGUGGGAGUUUAUUACGCAGAUUAAACAUGGCUGGCGGUAAAGCAGGAAAAGACUCGGGGAAGACCAAGACUAAGGCUAUUUCGCGCUCCCAGAGAGCAGGACUGCAGUUCCCGGUAGGUCGUAUCCACAGACACCUCAAGUCGAGAACCACCAGCCACGGCAGAGUGGGAGCCACUGCAGCCGUAUACAGCGCCGCCAUCCUCGAAUACCUUACAGCUGAGGUUCUGGAGUUGGCAGGAAACGCAUCUAAGGAUCUGAAGGUGAAGCGUAUAACGCCACGCCACUUGCAGUUGGCCAUCAGAGGAGAUGAAGAGCUGGAUUCACUCAUCAAGGCAACCAUUGCUGGAGGAGGUGUGAUCCCCCACAUCCACAAGUCUCUGAUUGGAAAGAAGGGCCAGCAGAAGACCGUAUAACCUGAAGUGCCGAGCUGUGGACGUCGUGCCAUCUCAGGACGAAGUCUGCGUCAACUGGUUAUUUGUCUUUAGAUUAGAACACCUGUAGGAGUCGUUUGUAUGGUUGAGCUUGCAUUUACUCACCUGGGGUAUUUUUUAAAAGUGGCUUCAGAGAAGCUCAUUUUUUGUGUGUUUGGCUUUUUUGUUUUUUCUUGGUGCUGCAGUUUUUGUGUCUAACCUUACUUUUGUGGCAUUCCCAUGUUCAAAGUGGUGUUUUAAUAAAGCUCUUGUUUGGGCAUUUGUUUUGCUCUUUCA